AUGUGUAGAUUAUUAGGAGAUACUGUCACUCUCACAUGUGACAUACAGGGGGAAGAUUGGACAUACACAUGGCAGUGUGGAGAUGAAGAGCACAACUCUGAGGAGAAAGAGUUCAAGAUCACUGCACAGCUCAAACAGUCAUGCAAGUGUAAAGGCUGCAAAGAAUCAUUCUGCUCUGAAUGGAGUGAUGCUGUGACUCUGAGUGUUUCGGACAAGCCCAAAGUAACUGUAAAGCCCCAGAGUUCAGUGUUCACUGGAGACACAGUUACUCUCAUCUGUGAUGUGGGACGAUCAACUGGACAAAUUUACUGGUUCAAAAACUUUCAGAGAAUAAAAGCUGGUUCUGAAACAGAAACACUGAGAAAAGUGAAUGUCUCUGAUGGAGGAAGAUAUGCGUGUACUGUAGAAAAAAAGACCACACAAAGCCAAGGAGGCGUGCUAACAGUAGGAGAGAGACCCAAGCCUGUAGUGCGUGUUAAGCCUGAUGGACGUGUGUUCAGAGGAGGACAGACGGUCACUCUCACAUGUGACAUACAGGAGACAGACGUCACCAGCUGGAGCUACAGCUGGAAUAAAGAUGAUUCAGAGAUUCAUGUCAGUCAGUCUCAGGAAUACCGGAUCAGUUCUGUUAGUGAAUCUCACACAAGUAAUUACAGCUGUACUGGAAGAGAAACAGGAGGAUCACGAUACUCACACACCAGUGAUAAAGUUACGCUGACCAUAUCAGUACCUGCCACGCUUCUGUGA